GACGCUGCAAGUACGCGCUUACGUGCGUGCACUGCCACGCGGACAUUGUGACGUCCCCAAAUCUGGGUGAGUGGGCGUGGCCACCCAAAGCCAUCCCAUUAGCCACGUAGCUAGCUAGCCACCAAACGUUUGCAGGCUAGCUAACGUCAGCGAGAAUUUGCAAUGGAUUUGCCACAUCACGGAUACCGACCAAGUAAACAGAGGGGUCGCGGCAACGCAACGGGUGGGGAGUCCAUGCUCUUCGAGGACACCAGCACAGCAGAGAUGAACACUCAGGGUUACUACACUCCGGGCUACAACAUGGCAGCGCCCCCGAACGACACGCAAGCGGGAGUCAACAACUUGUUCGCCGAUCCGAUGGCUAACGCCGCGGUCAUGUACGGAUCAUCCUUGGCCAACCAAGGCAAGGACAUGGUGAACAAAGAGAUCAGCAGAUUCAUGUCCGUGAACAAGCUGAAAUACUUCUUUGCCGUGGACACCAGAUACGUAGUGAAGAAACUCAUGAUCCUCAUGUUCCCAUACACACACCAGGACUGGGAGGUUCGCUAUCACCGGGACACUCCGCUGACUCCAAGGCAAGAUGUCAACGCGCCAGAUCUUUACAUACCAACCAUGGCUUUCAUAACCUACAUUUUACUGGCCGGAAUGGCACUUGGCAUUCAGAAAAGGUUUAGUCCCGAAGUGCUCGGGCUCUGCGCCAGCACGGCCUUAGUGUGGGUGAUCAUCGAGGUGCUGGUAAUGCUGCUCAGUUUGUACUUGCUGACAGUACACAGCGACCUGUCCACUUUCGACCUCAUCGCCUACAGUGGAUACAAAUAUGUCGGGAUGAUCUUCACAGUCCUAUGUGGGUUGCUGUUUGGCAGCGACGGCUACUUUGUGGCUCUUGCCUGGUCCUCCUGUGCCCUCAUGUUUUUCAUUGUCCGUUCCCUGAGAAUGAAGAUCCUCACAUCCCUCGCGUCGGACUCCAUGUCCACGGGCUCCAGCGCCAAACCCCAAGUGCGCAUGUACAUCACCAUGGCGACUGCCGUCUUUCAGCCGAUCAUCAUUUACUGGUUAACCUCCCACCUGGUCAGGUGACCGCGAGGCGUUCACGUGAGCUGGGUCGUCCCCGGGCUUUGGCGUGUGUGACUGUUUCCGCGUCCGCGUUCUUCUCUACGUAUGCGUUUUAUUUUUUUUUCUGUCCCAACGCGCCGGUGCGUCAACGAGCUCGUCAAAACGCUUGUAAAAAUGAAAUUGUGUACUUAACCCUAUCAUAAAAUAUUACAGCGUGCAGUGAUUAUUGACAAGUGCUCAUUUUCUGCCAAUUUACUAUUUUCAAACAAGGGCUGCCAAAUUGAAAGCUUGGUUUCAUCGUUGGAUUCAUCGCCUUGACUAAAAGUGCACGAUUGCACAUAAACAACUACUCGCUCCUUUGGGAAGCCGUUUGAGCAUUUAUUCAAUAUCCUUGAUAAUGAGGCUACUAGUGCCUGGUACAAAGGGUUAAUUGCAUGCUUGGGUUGGGAAGAUGGCCAACAAGUAAUAAACUGGCCUACUACAAAUAUACGUUAAAAGUAAAACACAGUAGUCACUCUUCUAGUAUAACUUGUGCACAUAAUUGUCUUGUGAGGACAGUAAGAGUGGUCAACAUUUUUUGUAUAGUCCUCAAUCACAAAAGAGUCUCAAAGGGCUUCACGUUGACAGAGAUUCACAGUAUCGCACUAGUACCUUAAGAUGGCUACCAAGCAUGGGUCAUCAAUGCUGAAACGGAUUUCCAUUAACUCCUCCGUUAUCACAUCACCAUUAUUUCCAAAUCUGUAUUUUAUUUAUCUGUAAUAUAACAAAGCAUGACAAUGUUUGGAUUUUUCUUUUGUAGGAAACAGAAUAAAAAUAUAUUCGGCUUUGUGUAGUCAA